AUCCGCAAUAUUUGUGGCAAUUUAAAAAAAAACACAAUAUUUGUGUCAUUAACCCUCUUGGAACCGAUCCAAUAGUUAACAUCCCAACCUAUGCCGAAAAUGAAAUAGAUUUUUUUUUUUUUGGGUAAUAAAAAUGAAUUAGAUUAUAGUAGAAAUCAUCAGAAUUAGUGGUGCGAAUAUGACCAAAGAAUGAAGUGUAAAACAAAGAAGAACGACUCGUUUUUUGUCACAGUUCUAGAAGGAGAUAGUGAAACGUGAUUAACGAACCAUUUGCGACCUGAAGAGGGAUUAGAGUAUUUAUUAAUUAGUAUUUACAUUACUUUAGGCAGAUGAUAUGGAAGCAUCGGAGCCGUACGCGGUCACUGUCGCCAACUUUUGCCCAACCACCGCCGGCCGUCGGAUCGGCGACCGCCGAUAAAGACCAAAAAGAAACCCAUACCGGCAACUCGUUCACACUCCUGAGUCCAGGCUGACUCCACUCCUCUCCAUUUUAUAAUUCACCACUUUGAAAUAUCCCAAUCAAUCGGAUUUCUCUGUUCUCUCCAUCCAUCCUUCCUCUGAAACCCCACUCCGCCGCCGUCCACCGCGAUGUCAGCCCAACCGCCGCCGCCGCUACCGCUACCGCUGGACUUCUCCGCCGUCCUAUCCGAAUCGAAGCGCAUAAUCAACGCCCACUCCCGCCACUUCCUCGCCCUCUCCGUCCUCUUCCUCCUCCCUCUCUCCUUCUCCGUCACCGUCUUCUCCACCAUCCACAACCUCCUCCUCCACCACCACCCCUCCGGCCACCGCCCCGAAUCCCUCCUCUCCCGUCCGCUGCCGCUCCUCCCCAGCCUAGCCCAGUUGGACUCCCAAUCCUCCGAUCAGUUCCCUUUCCCCCACCACCACCACCACGACCAUGAUUUCCAGCUCCCAAUCGAAACCCUAGCCCUCGUCGCCGGCUUCGCCCUCUUCUUCUUCGUCUUCACAAUACUCGCAAUCGGAUCCAUCAGUUACAGCGUCGUCCACGGAUUCUACGGCCGACCCGUCAAGCUCGUCUCCGCCAUCAAAUCCGGGUUCAAUUCCUUCUUCCGACUCUCCAUCACCCACAUCGUCGUCAAGCUCCUGCUCUCCCUGGUGGCGCUCCUCUUCCUCUGCUCUUUCUACUUCGUAAUCAAGGGUCUGGAAUUGGUGUGCCUCGAAAUCGACCCCGAUUCGCCCUACUUCCUCGCUCUUGCCCUCGUCUACUCCGUCGUCCUGCUCGCGGUGAUCCUCUAUUUCAAACUCAAUUGGUCCCUCUCUUCCGUCAUCGUCGUGGCGGAAUCUAGCUGGGGAGUUCGGGCAUUGAGGCGCAGCGGGUAUUUGGUGAAAGGGAUGCGGCGAGCGGUUCUCUAUUUCUUUCUCUUGUUUGGACUCGCCUCCGGGAUUUUGACUUGGACCAGCUCGAUUGCAGCGGCGAAAUGGGGCGGUGGCGACGCCAUUGGCGGGAAUCAAGGAUGGAAUAGCUGGUUCUUUGUGGCGCAGAUUGUGGUGACUUCGGCUCUUUUGACUCUGAUUCUGCUCUACUUCUUCGCUGCACAGACGGUUCUGUAUAUGUACUGCAAGGCUGUUCGCGGGGAGCUUGCUUCAGAGAUUGCGCAGGAAUUCGCGAGGGAGUACGUCUGCUUGCCUUUCGAUGAUGAGAAGGUGCCUCAUCUUGUUUCUGUUGUCUGCACUUGACAAGCAAAUAACAAGUUUGAAGCUUUUCCCCUUUUGUUUCUGUGCCUCUGUCAUUCGUUCUAGUGUCACAGACUCGGUGUUUUGUAACUCAGGACCAUGGAGCUUGUGAAUAACAGUACGUUAUAGACUUCAGUUGUGCUGAUGGAACCAUUGAUGGAGAGUUUGUUUCUAAUAUGCUGGUUUCUUUCUGGGUUUGGUUUGGCUUGAUCUAAUGUAUAAUAGAUGUAAGAUAACUUG